AAGAUCAUAAUUUACAAAUGCCCAUUCAUUGGAGAAAGAUUCCCUGAAAGCGUGAAAUUCAAAGACUGGGAGUAACCUUUAUCGAAUUUUAUUUUCGACCUCCUCGUCAUCAUCAAGUGGAGAUAAAAGACGAGACAAAUCACAGUCAGAAGAAAAUAAAGAAAUAUAUAAAUUUGAUUUUUAUUUUUAUUUUUAAUUUUUAUUUGAAGACAGGCAUAACCGCAUUGGGAAGAUAGCGAGUUUGACCUUUACAGAAAUGGGAAAAACUCUUUAGCCUGUAGGUGCAGACUGUUUACUCAUCUUCAAAUCGGCUCACCAUUGGCCUUGAAUCUAAUUUAAGCCAGAGCAAGCCUCUCUUCUCCAAUAUUGAUUGAAGUGGCCUUUGAAUCAAAUAAUGCAAGCCAUUCAAGCUCAUCCUCAAACCCAUGGGUUCAAACUUGGUCUUUCCAAAGGCACCCGAAAUGCUAAGGGUGCCCUUAUUGCUAAGGGAUAUGCUAGUAACAAAUGGUACAGUAACAAUGACAUGCAGUUCAGGCUCAAGGCAGCAGUGAACAUGAACAAAAAUAAGAAGUUGAAGUUGCUUACAGUAUGCAAGGCAGUUUCUGUGGAAACCCAAAAGAACUUGGAAGCUCUCAAUAUUGCAGAUGAUGUCACUCAGCUUAUUGGAAAGACACCUAUGGUGUAUCUCAACAAUGUUGUGAAAGAUGGUUGUGUUGCAAAUAUUGCUGCAAAGCUUGAAAUCAUGGAACCUUGCUGCAGUGUGAAGGACAGAAUAGGCUACAGUAUGAUAGCUGAUGCUGAAGCUAAAGGGGCCAUUACUCCUGGUGUGACCACACUAGUAGAGCCAACCAGUGGCAAUACAGGGAUUGGUCUAGCGUUCAUUGCUGCAGCUAAGGGUUACAAACUUAUUUUAACUAUGCCAGCAUCUAUGAGCAUGGAAAGACGAGUUUUACUACGGGCUUUUGGAGCAGAACUUGUUCUCACAGAGUCUGCCAAGGGCAUGAAGGGAGCUGUCCAAAAAGCUGAGGAAAUAUUAAAAAAAACUCCAAAUGCAUACAUGCUCCAACAAUUUGACAAUCCUGCAAAUCCUAAGGUACAUUAUGAGACCACAGGUCCAGAAAUUUGGGAAGACACGAAGGGUAAGGUUGACAUUUUGGUUGCAGGAAUUGGAACCGGUGGGACAGUCACUGGUGUUGGUCGAUAUUUGAAAAGCAAAAAUCCAAAGAUCAAGAUCUAUGGUGUGGAGCCAGCUGAGAGCAACAUACUGUCAGGAGGAAAACCUGGUCCUCACAAAAUUCAAGGCAUUGGGGCUGGAUUUAUUCCAAGGAAUUUGGAUGUGGAGAUACUAGAUGAGGUCUUACAGAUAUCUAGUGGUGAAGCCAUUGAGAUGGCAAAGCGGUUGGCUCUUCAGGAAGGUUUGCUGGUUGGAAUUUCAUCAGGAGCUGCUGCUCUUGCAGCUAUCCGGGUAGCACAAAGACCAGAGAAUUCAGGGAAACUGAUUGCAGUUGUAUUUCCAAGUUUUGGUGAGCGAUAUCUGUCAUCUGAUCUGUUCAAGUCCAUCCGGGAGGAAUCUCAGACCCAGCAGCCUGAACCAUGAUGUUUUGCAGUGGCAAUUCAGAGUAAUAUGUUAAGCAUCAACAAUGUCAGGAUAAUUCAUAGCCAACCACGAUCCAAAGGGAGGAUUAGGAACUCAUAUAGCACUAGACAUGGCCAAGAGCUCAGAUAGGAAAAUUAAUUAAUGUUUGUUUCUUUUCACUUUACGAUUUUUCCUGUCUUUAGAACUGUGGUAGUUGCAGGCCCAGAGAAAUAUUGGAAUAUAAUAUUUCUUAUUGUCAGAUUCUGUGAGGAAUACUGCAUUAAAUGUGUAUCAAAUUGUUGGGCUUUCACAUUUUUUUUUUUGAAAAUUGGGUUCCUGAAUGUGGAUUUCUCUGUU